AUGGAAGACGAUAGGUGUGUCGGGGGGUGCAACAUGUUCGGAACUAAGGCAGCAGUGCUUCGUGGAGCGAGACUUAUCGGCCGCCGCUCGCUGCACAGGCGUCAGCCGCCCGACGCUCCUGCGGCAGCAGCAGCUGCCUGCGCUGGGCCUGGCGCCCCGCAACGGGAGCGCGGUGCUCACUACAGCAGGAGGGUUGCUCGAUUGUCAACUGCGGCGGGAUUAAAGGUUGCUACGGUGGCACGUCAGGUGCAACACGGGGGGGAGCGGUUCCCGUCGCUACUUAUCACUGCCGACGACAUCACUGCGGAGGGUUCGUUCGCGGAGACCCAGGCGACGUUCAUGACUCCGGACCCGUCCUUGGUGUCUGAGCUGGACCACUUGCUGCCGUCCAAGAACAUGGGGGUGGUGGCUCACUACUACAUGGAUGCCGAGUUGCAGGGCGCGCUGGCGGCCCUGAAGUGGGAGCACGUGUCCGUGGCCGACUCGCUCGCGAUGGGCGACGCGGCGGUGCGGAUGGCUGAAGCGGGUGUCUCGAGCGUGGCGUGUCUGGGGGUCGACUUCAUGGCGGAGAGCGUUCGGGCGACGCUGGACUCGAGGGGGUUUCAGGGGGUGCCGGUGUACCGCCUGUCGGAGUCCGAGAUUGGCUGCAGCCUUGCGGAGGCGGCGGAGCGCAAGGCCUACGAGGCUUGGCUCAGGAAGGCCUCGGCCACCGCGAACUCCAUGCACGUGGUCUACAUCAACACCUCCCUCGUCACCAAGGCCCUGUCGCACUCUCUGGUGCCCACAAUAACGUGCACCUCCUCCAACGUGCUCCACACGGUGCUGCAGGCCUUCGCCCAGGCGAGUCCCUGACCUAACCAUAUGGUACGGUCCGGACACGUAC